CGUCACUACGGCGUUGUGGCGUCUGCGAAGCCGUUUCAAGAGAUGCCGACUACCAGCGUGCUGAAAACAUUGUGGAACUUUAUGCCUGGCGGCAAAUACAGUGGAUCCGAUCUCAAUGAUAUAACUAGGGACUUACUAAAGGACAGUGGCGGUAAUAUUAUAAAGAUCAAAAGCUUUUUGGGUAAACCGCCGAUAGUUGUAACAGAAAAUCCAAAUGACUUCGAAACUGUUUUCCGACACGAUGGUGUUUGGCCCAAUCGUAAGGGUUUCGAGCUCUUAAACUAUUAUCGCAACGUUCAUCGUCGUGACUAUUUUGGCCCAGAGUCGGGUCUACUUACGACCCAAGACGAGUCGUGGGGCAAUUUGCGUUCAGCUGUAAAUCCCAUUAUAAUACAUCCCAAGAAUGUCAAAAAGUAUUUGAGCUCAUUGGAUCGUAUUAAUCAGGAGUUUAUAGAACGCAUCAAAACCAUCCGUGAUACUGAAACUUUGGAAGUCCCCGCGAACUUCAAGGAUGAAAUAAGCGCCUGGACUCUAGAGUCUGUGGGUCAAAUAGCCCUGGAUUGCAAGUUGGGGGUUAUCGACAAUACCAAUCCGGAAGGCAGACACUUCUUUGAGCAAUUGCAGCGUUUCUUCGAACUCUCCGUUGAUCUGGAAGUAAAGCCCUCACUCUGGCGCCAGCUCAAGUUCAGUUCGCCCAAAUUGCGUGAAGCCCUCAGCGUAUUGGAUGAGUCGCUCGCCCUAACUGAUAAGCUAGUGCAGGACGCCAUGGAACGCAUCGAGAAGUCCACAACGGCCAAGAGCCAAGAAGAGAAAAGUGUUUUGGAAAAGCUGCUAGCCAUAAAUCGAAAAUAUGCCGUUAUUAUUGCGCUGGACAUGCUCUUCGCUGGCGUGGAUACGACAACCAGCAGUUUUUCGGCCAUUCUGCUAGCCCUCGCCCAGCAUCCCGACAAGCAGGCCAAACUGCGAGCUGAAAUUCUUGGCAUCUUGCCAGAGAAAAGCACGCCCCUCACAGUCGACUCGAUGAGGAACUUGCCCUAUCUGCGUGCCUGCAUCAAGGAGGCCCUACGCUUCUAUCCACUCAUCGCGGGCAACGUACGCAAAAUCAACCAGGACCUGGUGCUCAGCGGUUACCAUGUGCCGGCGGGCUGCGAGGUAGCCAUGAUCCAUUUGAACCUUUGGCGCGACGGCAAAUAUUUCUCGCAGCCCGGCGAGUUCGUCCCCGAGCGCUGGCUGCGUGAGAAGCAACAGGGCUCCAGCUCUGACUCCGAGUGUCCGAUGGCCACCAAGCCGAGUCAUCCCUUUGCCUAUUUGCCUUUUGGCUUUGGCGUGCGCAGCUGCAUCGGUCGUCGCAUAGCCGAAAUGGAGCUGGAAAUUGGGGUCGCUCGUUUGCUUAGGAACUUCCAAGUGGAGUUCCACCAUCCGGCGGAAAGGCCCUUCAUUGCCUAUCAACUGGCUACGCCACGCAUUCCAUUGCAGUUCAAGUUUAUCGACUUGAAGGAUUGAAUCUGCCCCAGGUCUCUCUAUAUACCCAAUCCUUAAGAAUGUUCAAUAGAUCUGUAUUU